GUGGUUGUUGUGUUUGUUGCACCAGAGCUGCUGUCAUGUGAUAGCUCGUCCGAGGAGCUGCUGCUGACAGUAGCUUCCUACCUUUAGAUGAAAAGCUAAAGUAUAACGAAGCAGGAGAAAAGGUUUUAUGUUUGUUGGAGAAGAUAAACACGGCUUGUUUCUGACGGAGAAGCCGGGGUUGUAUAGUUUCGCCCCUCGGACGCUGACAUGGGUUGCUGUUACAGCAGCGAGAACGAGACCACAGAGCAGGACCCUGAUGAACGUAAGCCGUUGAUCCCACACCCAAACCCUGUCAGCAAACCCCCAAAUGGGACUGACUGGAUCACUACCAGUGUCCCCUCGGCGAGGACAGAUGAACAGGCCCUCCUUACAUCCAUCCUCACCAAGACGGCACAGAACAUCAUUGAUGUCUCAGCAGCUGACUCUGUCAUGAUGGAGCAGCAUGAAUACAUGGAUAAAGCUCGGCAAUACAGUACAAAGCUGGCUGUGUUGAGCAACAGUCUGCCCCAGAAGAAAGCUCUCGCUCUCCCCUCCCUCACCAGCCAGCCACACCAAGUGCUUGCGAGUGACCUGGUGCCAUACUCAGAUGUUCAGCAGGUAUCCAAGAUUGCAGCUUACGCUUACAGUGCAAUCUCUCAAAUCAAAGUGGAUGCUAAAGAAGAACUGGUGGUCCAGUUUGCCAUUCCCUGAUUCUGCGCCCCCUGGCCAGCAUAUUGUUCCUCCCAUCCCGCUCUCUCUUUGUCACUUCUGCAUCCUCACCCUCCAGCCCACCCUUUAUUAAAGCAUUUUGGUCCUUUGUGCUUCUUAGCUAUGCCUCUAACCGCUAUAAAGAGACUAUCUAGGAUUGCACCCUAUGGCUGUCCUUUAGUGUACUUAAUUAUGGGUCAAUUGUCAGCAUGGGCAAUGGAAGAUGGUCUCCUGGAGUUGGGCCAUUGAGGGUGCGCUGUCAUAUUUACUACAACAAGGCCUCCUCUGUACGUAAUGCGUGGAUCACAGACUUUGUCAGAACCAGCCGUGGAAAAAUCCUCAUUCAUCCUUCUUGGUGAUCGCUCUAAUCUAUUUUUUUUUUUUUUUUUUUUUACUGUUUCAGGGCAGUCUCAGUAUCUUUUAUUUAGUUAAUUCCCCUAGCCUGUGUUCUCAGGUAAGCAAAGGUAGCUCCGCACCCCAGACUGUUAUAAAGGCAUGGAAGAAUGUCCAGUGUGUUCACCUGGGAUAGAGCUGUAGGAUUUCUGGCACAAUGCAGUGGCUAAUGGUGUAUAUACAGUACAAGCCCCAGUGCAACAGGAGAAAUUAGGAAUCUCUGUGGCAUGGAAGAAUUUAAAUGAUCACAGUACCAUGGGUGCAAGUGCAAUGGUUGAGUAUUUUAGCCAUUUACCAGGAAAAGUUAGCAAUAUGGCAUAAAGUUAGCACUUAAUGUCUUUAGCUCUGUUCUGUUGUCCUGAGGGAAAAUGAAAAUGCUUGUUUAAGAUGUCAUUAUAAUUUAGAAGGUUGUAAUACUAAAGUCCUAAUGUGUGCAAGCAAAAAUUUGGGCAUCAAAGAUCCCACAGAGGGCUGAUGUCACACUGCAACAAGAACCGUGUCUCACUACGACCCAAACAUGAACCGGAAAAUGGUUUGUCUUUUGUUCUCCUGUGUGUAAUCGGUUAUUCCAGUUGAGGCCGAUUCAUGAGUGACCUGUCAGGUUAGUGUCUUCUGGAAGGUGAGGAUACAAUCAUAAGCAGUGGGAUGCUGGGUGGGCCUACUAAAGUCACAGGGGAGGGAAGAUUGAGCUUUCUUGGGACACAAGUGCUCCAGUUUACAGACCGUAAUGUGUCCUCUGCAGUUUGCGAGCACUAAGAAAAAUGAGCUGGCAGACUCUUUAAAUCAAAUCCCAGAACUUCACAUCGUUAAUAGCAACUGAGGCAGAUGAAGGGGACGGGUGUGUGGAGGGUGCAUGGACAGAUAUCAUGUUUUCAUGUCCGCCUUUGUACAGAAUUUUCUGAUUGAAUAUAAAAACAGAUGAUGAAUUGUAUGAAGUUCCUCUUUUUGUAGAGAGUUCAUUGGUCAGGAUUGGCUAAGAUGUGGCGAUAACAAAUGUUUUUAUGAAACACAAGAACCCUUUUCAGGCCUGCAUUUGUUAGCUUUUAAACAAAGCUUUUCGCUGCAGAUCCUAAUAUGAUUGAGUUGUUCAUAUUAAUCAGAAACUAACCAUUGUAGCAGUGUGGGGGAGCGCUAACAAUCUAUGUACCGCAACAGAUAACAUGAUCCGAGACCUUUUUGUGAUUAUUUAUUUGUGUUUUAAAUGUUUAUUUGCUCUUCGGAGGAGAGCACAUGACUGUAUGCGUGUGCAGGGAGCACAGAGUCUCUAAAGGGAUGAUCUGCAAGGCUGUGAUAAUUUCAACCACGCAAUUGAUUUGAGCUUUUUGCAAUGGGUUCUUGGCAUUUGUUUCUGUUUCGUUUGUUACUCAAAUGUGUUAUACUACCUGGAAUAUGUUUGAUAUGUCUUAGGCUAGUACCAAAACGUUUUAAGAAUUUGGUUGUUUUUGUUUGUUUUUUUGAUUUCAUUAAUUCAUUAAAGAUUUUCAACAUAA